AGUGCUCCAAAUCACAGAGCAUAUCUGAAUGAGGAACUUUUCCCAGCUUUCAACUGGUCAAGCAUGGCAUCGGCCGGCUGCAUGCCGGCCAUCUUGCUCUGCCGCCGGCCUGAAGCGUCCUUCUCCGCCGCGCUUCGCGAGCGCUUCCGCGUUCUCGACUUCCUCGCGUCCGGCGAGCCCCUCCCUACCUUCCUCGCGGCGGCCGCGGCCGCGCCGGAGCCCCCGCGCGCUGCAGUCGUGACGGGCGGCUGCUCCGUGCGCGUUGACGCCUGGUUCCUCGACGCCGCCCCCUCCAUCCGAUGCGUCGUCAGCACGGGCGCCGGCGUCGACCACAUCGACCUCGCCGAGUGCGCGCGCCGCGGCGUCGCCGUCGGCAACUCCGGGGAUGUCUACUCCACCGACGUUGCCGACUACGCCGUCGGCUUGCUGCUCGACGUGCUCCGGCAGCUUUCGGCGGCGGGGCGGUACGUCCGGCGCGGGUCCUGGCCGGUGCAGGGCGACUACCCUCUCGGAUCCAAGCUUGGUGGCAAGCGUGUUGGCAUCAUUGGCUUGGGAAACAUUGGCUCUCGGGUUGCAAAGAGGCUUGAAGCUUUUGGCUGUGUCAUCCAGUACAACUCGAGAAAACCGAAGGAUUCAGUCCCCUACAAGUACUUCCCAAACGUUCACGAUCUUGCUGUAGAAUCCGACAUGCUCAUUGUCGCAUGCGCGCUGAAUAAGGAGACCCGGCAUAUUGUGAACAAGAAUGUGCUGGAGGCCCUUGGAAAGAGCGGUGUGAUCGUCAACAUUGGGCGAGGAUCGAACAUCGAUGAGGAGGAACUGGUCUUGGCACUCAAGGAGGGCAAGAUCGCAGGCGCAGGCCUUGACGUCUUCGAGCAUGAACCCAAGGUGCCGGCAGAGCUGUUCUCCAUGGACAAUGUGGUUUUAUCACGCCACAUAGCGGUGUUUACGAAGGAGUCCAGGUCGGAUCUCCACGCGCACACCAUCGGCAAUCUUGAAGCUUUCUUCUCCGGUCAGCCAUUGCUCUCUCCAGUGCAAGCUGAUUCUGUAGUGCAGUGAAUGCAAUUCAGGCCACUCAAAGUAGCUUGCAUUUUAAUGUUGUUGCUACCACAUUGAGUUCUUGCACUCUUCCUCAGAGAGCAGUGCACAAUAUACUCUCCGUCGUAAUAAAUUUUUAUAUUAUGGAA